AUGGAUGGACUCCAUAAAGGUGCUCAAGGUGGCUCUGUGGCCAGGGCCAUUUUGGAGAGCAAAAAGUUCGCAGUGAGAGCACUGACCAGGGAUGUGACGCAACCAAAUGCACAGGCACUCCGGGACCUUGGUGCCGAGGUGGUAAAAGGGGACCUGAAUGAUGAAAAAUCUGUGGAGGCCGCCUUAAAAGGUGCCUAUGGGGCCUUCCUGGUUACCAACUUCUGGGAUGAUCUCAGCAUAAAGAAGGAAGUGUGUCAGGGGAAGACGGUGGCAGACGUGGCCAAGCGCCUGGGCCUGAAGCACGUGGUGUACAGCGGCCUGGAGCACGUGAAGCGGCUGACGGGCGGCCAGCUGGCCGUGCCGCACUUUGACAGCAAGGGCGAGGUGGAGGAGCACUUCUGGGCCGCCGGCGUUCCCAUGACCAGCGUGCGCGUGGCCGCCUACUUCGAAAACUUCUUCAUGGCCUGGAAGCCCGCGAAGGCGCCGGACGGCGAUUACUACACCUUGGUCCUGCCCAUGGGGGAUGUGCCGAUGGAUGGUAUCUCUGUUGCUGAUAUCGGAGCAGCUGUCUGUAGCAUUUUUAAUUCUCCAGAGGAGUUUAUAGGCAAGGCCGUGGGCCUCAGUGCAGAAAAACUAACAGUACAGCAGUAUGCUGACGUUUUGUCCAAGGGUUUGGGGAAAGACAUCCGAGAUGCAAAGAUCACCCCAGAAGCUUACAAGAAGCUGGGAUUCCCUAUGGCGGAGGACAUAGCCAACAUGUGUCUUUUCUAUCAAAUGAAGCCGGAUCGUGAUGUCAAACUCACCCACCGACUAAACCCCAAAGUCAAAAGCUUCAGCCAGUUUAUAUCAGAGAACAAGGAAGCCUUUAAGGGCCUGUGGAAAAUCAGCAGCACAGACAGGCCCUGACCACACCGCCUUUCUUCCCUGAUCUCAUUCCUCUUUGCAACACAACAUUCACAGUUACAGAACAUGCUGGAAUGCAAUUAUUUGCAAUGCAAAAGGAUUUCCUGCAGUCCUCUCUUCAGUAGGAAACACUGCAUCGGUGAUGUGAUUCACAUUUAACUUUCCAGCUAGUGAUAAGGGCAGUGCACCUGUUCGGUUAAAUGAGAAGCCCCAAAUUCACAUCACCAAUUGUAGCUCUCUCUCUCCCCAAGAGCCAACUUCCCUCAAAAAACCCUGACCUGAGGAACUUGGAGCUUCUUUCCUAACAUGAAUGGGAGGCCACUCAGCCUUCUCCUGGGUGAGUGAUCUCAAGCCCUGGCUCUGAGAUUCCCCAUGGCAGCUCCAGUUUUCUCAAAGGCAUUGCAAAACUCUCAGUGAACUUUUAAGUCAUUGGAAUUUUAAAAAAUGAAUAUAUUUGUAGAGAACUUUCUGGAGAACAUGGUCUUCAAUGAACAAGCACAAGCACUGGAAACUCAA